GGCAGACUGCAACUUGCUGAAUUAAGAGAAACAGGGGAAGAGCUGAAACGUGGAGGAAUCACCGGAGCGGCACAAAAAAGGGAUAGUGUUUAGUGGGAGGGGAGAGAAAGAGAGAGAGACUAUAUGGGGGAGUGGAGGCAGUGGCCUAGAUGUGUGAAACGCCAGGGGUUGCUUUUUUGGUUCACUGGUUGACUACCAGGGGCAACUCAAUAGUAGACCAAAUGUAAUGGGGAAGUUCUGAACCACAAAACUAAAAGAAAAGUUGUGAACCCCAUAAUUUGACAGUUUGAAAAUUAUAUGUGUAGCCUACUUAUUGAACUUUUGUUUUGGAGGCAAGCAUCACUGACCAAUAGUUUGGUGUCAGCUGCGCGCAGAAAACAUGCAUUAUCAUGGGAAUUAUAGGUGGAACAUGUAGACUGAGACACUCACACAGAGGCUAAGUCUAUUAUUUUCCCGGCCGAUCAGCGCACCAUUCCGCUUGACUGAUAGCGAUGGCCUUGGAGGCAGACAGCGACAGAGGUUCAUCAAGAAGCGCUCAUGAAAAAUAUCCCCGGGCAGCGUUGGAGCGCAACGGCUACGUGAAGACAUGUGUCACCCCGUUGUACCAGGACGCAGGGAGCCAGUCGUGGCUAAGACUCGCCGUGACAUGGACUUGCCGAGGAGUGUCGUCUGCGGUUAACGUUGCCUCCGUCUCCGUUAUUCUCGCUCUGCUGCUCAGAUUGGUCGACUGGGAUGCAGGCAGCAGCAGCAAAGGAAAUAGCAGCGACUCCGGCUCUUGUCCUCAUUUCGCGGCGGGCUGCGCUGUGGAGCUGCUUUUGACUGUGUGUUACUGCGUCUCCCCCGUCUUUACACUCGUAUGUGCCUUCUUCUGGGUCGGGCUCUAUCUGCUUCGCUGCGGGGUGCUCAUCCGUACCGCGUUUUUUUUGUUAGCGGUGUGCCACUUGGGCGAAGCCGCGGCGCAGUCCCUCCUGCGCGGCGCCGAGGAGCAGCUGCUGUCCCUCCCCGCAACCCUGGUAGUCCUCGGCUGCCUGGGCAGCGGGGCUCUGCUGGUCGUCCGGCUGCGUCAGGGAGUGUCCAUCCUCGUCUUUAUUAGCGUCAUCAGGGCCGUUUCCCUCGUCUCUCUGAGCAGAGUCCGGGCCAGCUGGAGACCUUACCUGGCCUACCUGCUGGGGCUGCUGGGGGUUUUGCUUGCGAGGUAUGCUGACCGGCUCCUGCCGGCCUCAGGGACCAGCGGGACGGGGUGCUGUGGCUCUGUGACCGGGGCGAAGGAGGAGGACAUCCCUGUCUUCAAAAGGAGACGGAGGUCCAGCUCCAUAGCGGCCUCGGAAAUGAUGGCUCACAGUCAAAGCAACAGCAAGUCCCACCGCAGGACUUCGCUGCCUUGCAUUCCGCGGGACCAGAUUAUGUGCCAGCCAGAAUGGGACUACAAGAGAGUUCUGAGCAGAUCCCAGUCUUCCGGCACCAGCGUGGUAGUGGACAUCGCGGUGAUGGGUGAGGCCCACGGUUUGAUCUCAGACCUGCUGGCGGACCCCUCGCUGCCCGCUAACACCUGCAGCUCUCUGAAGGCCGUCAGCAACCUCCUCAGCACCCAGAUCAGCCUCCAGCCGCUCCACCGGCCUCGCGUCCCUGCAGACACACACACCUGCUCUGACUCCGAGGAGGGGCCUGAAAAAGCAGAGAGACUGGCCAUUCCAAAGCGUCUAAGACGGAGUCUGCCCCCAGGAUUGCUUAGGAGAAUCUCGUCAACUUGGACCACGACCACAUCAGCUACAGGGCUGCCUACCAUCGAGCCCGGCCCUGUUCGCCGUGACCGCUCAGCCAGCAUCAAACACACCACAGACAGUGAAUCAUGGAACAACUCAGUGAUGAUGACCAUCUCAAAGAGUCGCUCCAUGUCUGCCUCCUAUGCUGCCUCUGUCACCUCCAACCACCUCUACAGCAAACCACUGGGAAGACCAGGUUUACCCCCCUCCAACGUGUCACCUCUGGGCUCUCCGUGCCCAUCUCCUCCCGUCCAAGGCACUCCUGUCUCCAGCCCCACUACAAAGACAUGUUCAGUGCAGCUUCCUGAGCUGGCUGGGCCCCUGACAGAGCGGACCCCUAGUUCUGUGGCCCCCAAGAGCCACCACAGAGCCUUAACUCACAGCCAGAGCGCCCCAAGCUCCACCACCCCUCACUGGCGUCCCCCGCCACUCUGCGGCAGCUGUGGCAGGCCGUUCAACAAUCGACUAAACCACAGGGUAGAAUCUGUCGACAAAGGAGACGGAAUACCCCAUCCAGAUGAGCGUGCUGUAGCUUCUUCAGACUAUGACAGCACCUACGACAGCACCUAUGAGACCAACCACAGUGACAGCAGCGACUUUGCACAGAAUGAAGAGGAGGGAGAAGGAGGCAAGAAGCCACCUGAAGCCAGGGAAGGUUGCAGGGAGUAUCUGUCAGAGGGCAUCGUUCUUCACCCACUCCUGCCAUCACCAGAGGACAAGCCGAUCUUGGCCCCCGAGCCUCUGGUGAUGUCGGGGCUGGAGCCUCUGAUGAGUCAACUCAGCAACUGGAACUUUCCCAUUUUCAGUCUAGUGGAGAAGACCCAUAGCAAGACAGGCUGCAUCCUCAGUCAGGUUUCCUAUAGGCUCUUUGAGGACACAGGUCUGUUUGAGACCUUCAGAAUUCCUGUACAAGAAUUCAUGAACUACUUCCAUGCUUUGGAGAACGGAUACAGGGUCAUCCCGUAUCACAACCGGAUCCAUGCCACUGAUGUGCUGCAUGCUGUUUGGUACCUCACCACUCAGCCUGUGCCAGGUCUGCCCACCCUGCUGACUGAGAAUGGGAUACACAUUGACUCAGAGAAUGGCAUUACGUCUGGUGCCACAGGCUUCCUGGUGUCCAAGAUGAACUCUGUGCUGGAGGAAGGCUAUGGCUCCCUGGCUGGCCUUAUCCCUGGCCUGGAGCUCAUGGCCCUGUAUGUAGCCGCUGCCAUGCAUGACUAUGACCAUCCUGGAAGAACCAACGCCUUUCUAGUAGCUACCAGUGCACCACAGGCUCUUCUAUACAAUGAUCGUUCAGUCUUGGAAAAUCACCAUGCAGCGUCAGCGUGGAACCUCUUCAUGUCUCGACCUGAGUAUAACUUCCUGGUUAACCUUGAACAUGUGGAGUUCAAGCGCUUCCGCUUCCUAGUCAUCGAAGCCAUCCUGGCCACCGACCUCAAAAAGCACUUUGACUUCCUCGCAGAGUUUAAUGCAAAGGUGGGUGAUGAAGGAGUAUCCGGUAUAGAUUGGACUAACGAAAAUGACCGACUGCUGGUGUGCCAGAUGUGCAUCAAGCUGGCUGAUGUCAAUGGACCGCUGAAGUGUAAGGAGCUGCACCUGCAGUGGACAGAGGGGAUUGUCAACGAGUUUUACGAACAAGGUGACGAAGAGGCAAGCCUGGGCCUUCCCAUCAGCCCCUUCAUGGACCGGUCCGCUCCGCAGCUCGCUAAACUACAGGAGUCGUUCAUCACUCACAUAGUGGGACCUCUGUGCUCUUCCUAUGACUCUGCCGCCCUUAUGCCGGGACGCUGGGUUGACCUACCUGAGGGAGAGACGGAGCUAGAGGAGGUGAAGGAUGAACAAGAUACAGAAGAGGAAGAGGUGGAUAUAGCAGAUGAUGACGCAUCAACAAGUUCUGACACCUCCCAGCGGCAAGAAACCAAAAAGGUGAGCAGAGGGAAAGUGUUUUGCCAGAUCACACAGCAUCUUCUGGAAAACCAUGAAAUGUGGAAAAGAGUUAUUGCUGCAGAAGCCCAGGAGGAGGCCCAGAAAGAGGACCCGAACUGCAUCAGCAGCCCCACCGAUCCAAUCACAGCCAUUCAUGAGGAAGAGGAGGAGCAAGCAAGCAAAGAGGAGGAGUCGACUAACGGCUUUGAUGAAAGGGAAGAGGUGCCGGCUAUAGAGGAAGAGGAAAUCCUUCCUCAAUCAGAGACUUCAGGGGAAAAAGAGGAGGAACCAGAGUGAUAUUUUGAACUUUGACCUCUUAAACCAGGAAUCUGAACGUUGUCUAAAAUGUUUUGUUUCUUUCCUAACUAAACUCUUGAUAUGGUAGCCAGCACAUCACUUCGACACAACACUGUAGAAGAUGUUUUGGGUAAUAUGUGCCUAACAAAAACUGGGUUUGAGGACAGGGAUGAUGCAUGCCCAGUUCAUCUGACAAAGGGAGAGAGGUGAGAUGAGCAAAAGAUGAAGUGACUGAGGAGUAGAGGUAGAAGAUGAAAAAAAAGAGAGAAUGAUUGGAACUGUAUUUGUUUUUGUUGUAGUGUUUGUUUUAGUCUGGAUCUGGUGCCCUGCCCUCACCCAGGCUGCCCAUCCUGCACUACCGACCAAGCACGCUGAUUCACAGAUUCACUCCAACAGUGAGUAAUACACUGUCAUGAGCCCCCCACCCCCACCCCCACCCCUUCUUGUUGCUCCCAUGCUAUCAGCACACUGUGGAGCCACCCAGCUAGUUGAGGAUGUGCAACAAGCCCCUUCUCCUUUAAGACAAUGAGAUGAAAGCCAGGGAAAAAGCUGUGUCCACUGAGGUUCAGCCGUGUGGAUUGCAGAGGGAGAUGGAAAAAAGGGCCAGUUGUAGCACGUUGUGUAUACAGACACACACCCACACAAGCUUCACAGACACACACAUACAAACACAAUGCUACAGUAGAAACACAUUCCAUACUUGGAUUGGAAGUUUAACAAAGAACCCUGUUGCUCUAAAAGCUUUAUUCUCGCUCAAAGAAAAACAUACAAAACAAGGGUUUUUUUCAUGUAAAACUAUGUUUGUCCUUAGUUGCAUGUUUUCUCCCUGGCUUUUGUUACUGAAACACAUCUACACGUUUCCAGGCCACACAACUCAGGAAGCCAGAAACCCGUAGAAAAGAGACUUGCCACUGCUUUAAGAUUUUCUUUCUGUGCUGUUUGAGAUGCUAUUGAUUUACUGAUAUCCCCAGAGACAUGUGGGGUUUUUUUAAUCACAAAAGGAAGCACAAAGGGAAACAAGAUUAUUGAUCACAUUAUACUGUAUAUCACAAUUCUAUUUCAUUUCGUCUGCUCUCUCAGUGUCAGCCUCCCAAGGGUCCCUUUGCUAUAACACAGCACAUCAUACUGUUAAUCACAUUAACACUAACUUGAGACACAAAACUAGGUAAUAAGGUAAUGUGUUUUGUUAGGUAAAUAUCAUUUGUGUCCACAUUUUAUAUCACUUCCCAAUUUGUUUGCUUAAUCUAGAAUUAGACAAGAAUUCUGUCUUCUUUGCAAUAUAAUUUAUAGCCUGGUAUGUAGGCCAAAUGUUUCAGAAAGUAAGCCAGUAAGCCAUGGUGGCCCAGGCCAGAGCUGACUCACAGCUCCAGAUCACCCAAGAGGAUAUACAGUAUGUCAAUAAGACAUUUAAAAAGCUUCCCUGUGGAGCCUAUUGCAAUCCAGGGAGUGCUGUGUACCCACAAUAAUCUGCAAGCCUCAAUAAGAUCCAAAUCAUUCAGUCUUUAAUUUCUUUGUUGUAAAGAAAAUAAAAUUGACCAUUUCUGAGCCAUGGAACCCAGUUUACUUUAAAAAACACAGAGAAAGAGUCACAGCUACAUAAAUGUAUAAUGAAAAAUUAAUAUAUGAUGUUAAUUAUUCAUUCAUUAAGUCAAGUAAAGUCAAAUUUAGGAUUAAUGUUGCUAUCUGUAAUCUUCUGUGACACUGUCAGGUUUUUUUUUACAUACACUGAGGAAAUCUAAAUAUUUUGUAUAUGUAGUCAAUCCUCAAUGAAAAUUAAAAAAAAGGAAGAAUGACAGAUUUAAGAAUUGUACACAACACAGAUACUGAUCUGCAUUAUGCACAGUUUCUUUUUACAGAAACAUAUUUUGGCCAAAAGUUCAAUAGAGUAAGUGAAAGUUCCAUUGAAAUCUGAUCAUAGGCCAGCAGACCUCUCCUUUUUUUCACAAUUUUUUUUCUCCAUUUGUAGUGCUUACUGAUGACAUUGCGUAUGGCCUAACAGGUUGUGUCAGUGCUCUUCUUCGAUGUCCUCAGAGAUUUAGAUUGGCAGUGAUGGAGAAAAGUGAGAACAAGGAGAACAGCCUUAGUAAUGAGGAAGAGGAAGGAGAGGGAGAAGCCUUUUAGCUUGUGGCUGCUUAUGAGCGGUCAGUGGGGUCUCAGAUUCCUCUAGAUUUAACUCUUUGAAAAUGAGCCAGUUCGGUCGAAUUCAAAAUCAUGUGAUGAUCUACGUUUCCAAGUAUGUAGAAUGUAUUACAGGGAUAUGCAGUAUAGUGUAUUUGAUCUUACAUCGGAAAAGCAACGGGGCAUGGAUUCAGAUCCAGAGAUUAAAGGAUGCUUUGUGUCUCCACUUAUUGAUCUGUAGCAGGUACUUUUUGUCAAAAUUAAAAAGUGAACAAGGGUACAUUUUAAUACAAUUGAACGACUUUAUUGGAUUUUGACAGCACUUUAUGGAAAAGCUACCUGAGACUUAAGGCUGGCUCAAGAUGUGAGGUAGAUUUGGAUAGGCAAAUCAGAGUAGGGAGUAGUGGCACUAGUUGUCAGAGGCAUUUAAGCAGCAUUGAUCUGUCAUUUUGCUUCAGUUCUGUAGCAGGUAGGGAAUUUGCAACAUUGCAGUCCCUCAAUGAUUAGCUGAGGUGCACAUGAGAUGACACAAAAUGCCCAGGAGUAUUGGGAUUUGUUAAGUCACCAUAAACAUUCAGAAACAAAAUAGCAAACAGACUAUUUUAAGUUGCGCAAGUCGUGAGUGCCAGGUGAGUUCCUGGGUGAGGUUUGACCACUCUGAUCACUACCUGAGAUGAUGACAUGGUGAAAAAAACUGUUUUAAAUUGAAACAGCAACAUUGACAUGAAAACAGAAACCAAAAAGAGCAUAAGAUAGAAAUACAAACAUCCACUAAGGACAUAAAACACUUUAUGCAACCAGUACAUUAGACAUUAUUCACAUACGCUGGAUAAAAACUGCCUAAGCAAUCUAUUAAACAGGCUUGUUUGCAGACACUGUCUAAGUUUUUACUGGCUGAACUUGCCCUACUGUGACCUAAUUUCUUAACUCAAAUAGAGUUUUGCUAAUGUUAAUACUGUCUAAAUCCUCGGCUGUAUCCGUUGCACUGUUAUCAAAAUGCCCAUUGUGCAAAGGAGGGCUAAACUGUGCAACAUAAUGCCCUUGACUGCUUAUUCCCUGUACAAAAGGGUGCAGUGAUUGAGCUUGUUUUUACUGCUUGGAAAAAAAGCCUGUGCUAACCAAAGCCUGAGCUUAUUGUUCGUGUUCAGUUCGAGCUCUUAAUAGGUGUUCAAAGUCUGAUUUUUUAAAUUUAUUUAAUUACGAUAGCUAUUGCAGACAUUCAAAGAUGGAACUUUUAUUUUGAAAAACUGAAUUGGGUUUGGCUGUACAAACUGUAAUCCAGCAUAAUUAAUUAAUUAAAAGCAAAAUUACCUAAUGUUUAUUAUGUUGCUGAGCAACAGAAAAAAGGAAAAGCAAAGUGAUAUUUGACCCCUGAAACAAUGUGUGUCUUACCUGCCAACACAAAUGGCAGCAGCGUAUUUGUAGCGUAUGCAGCAAGAUGCAGUUGGAUUUACAAGUCCCCUCCUGGACCAAAUGUCUUCCAAUAGCCUCUCCUUGCAUUGGCUUGUGAUGGUGAUAAUGAUCUGUAAACACCAGCUGAUACACCACUGGUCUGUGGCUCAUGUAAGGCAUCGACUGGGGUCUUUUUAGUUGAGCAUUUUUGACACUCUGUACAGAAAUGUAGCUUUCAAACUUCAGUUAUUCUAAAAAUAACUGAAGUAAUAAGACUGUAAAAAGCUUUUGAUGAAACAUGAAUGAGCUUGAGCUCCAUGCACUGUAAAUACCAUACGCACCAUACAGUAUAUCGAUGCCUCACUUGCCAUCUAAUGUGCAUACUAUUGCAGUGGAUUUUUUCUCAUAUCUCACACUUGUACCAUCCCAUGCUCCACCUCUGUGUUAGGGAAUUUGUAGACUUUCUCACACUCCCUUCACUUAUUCGCUUGACUUCUAUGUGAUCAGAGAAUUCAAAGCUCACUAGGGAUCAAGUUAGUCAAAAUAGACGCUUCCCUCCUCUGAUCUCCCCCUCCCAGCCCUGCCUCACUAACUGUGUACACUACAGUGCAGCAAUCAAAGAGACUUAAUCAAAGCUGUGAUAGAAUUUGGGGUCUCUAUUUUGGUCAUAAACAAUCCAAAACAUUAGAGCUUGUGUGUGUAUAGCCAUUGAGGGGGUUUGAAGUGAGAUAUAUGGGAGUGGUCAACUGAUCAAGUUUCAUUUAAUCUUUUAAGAACAGGUUUCUACGGAAGCCCUGAAGGGCAAGUGAGAAAAAACAAAAAUUCUGGUGAUUUUUCCGCCACCUGUUUCACAGAUGAAAAAAAUUGAAGGAACAUUGAAAGAUUAUCCUGGCAACCCCCUUUUUUCACCUGUUCUUAAGUAAUAAACACAGGAGAGAAAACAAUUUAGAUCAGACUUGGAAAAUGGAUCACCAGAAUUUUUUUUCAUUUACUUGCCUCACAGGGCUUCCUGCUUUUUGCAAUGAAAUUAAAGGACCGUACCAGUGUUUUUGCAAUGUUUUGCUUCUUAACUACAAAUCAACAUAUUUGCUGACCAUUUUCAAAUGCCAUUGGUUUUCAUUCAUUUCUCUACAGUAUGACAAUCUGUUGGCACAGUCCAUCACAGUGAACAUUUAUCUGCAUUAAUUUGCGUCGUUAUACAGUUUAAGUGUAGAUGAAUUUGAUGAACAUGUGCGAAAAUCAAUGGAAUGCCCGGAACGGUCGAUAAAAUAUAUCCAAAGUUGUAAAAUACAACAGCAUUUUUUGCUAAAUGGUCACUUGUAAUGUAAAGUAUAAGUGACUUAGUAAAAGGGCUUUAAUACCCUCAAAGGGUGUUAAGUUGCUCUUAAAUACCUAAAUAUAUUAUUCUUGGCCACCACAGCAUAAAAGCUCAAGUCAUCUGUUUCGUUUUGGUCUGAGUCAUCAUGACAACAUGGACCAGUGAUUUGUAUUAGGCAAUCACAUGGCAUUCAUAAAUCUCGUUUUGCAAUAUCUUUGAAUAAAAACUGUACAGGGUCUACAACUAAAUUAUGUCAGUUUAUCAAAGCCAGUACCAGUGGUUUCUUUUAAAUGACGAGAAGAAGGGGAUUGCUGCACACUAGAUUAACUUGUGCAAACCAAAGAAACUUUUUGAACUGUGUUUUUUGUGAUUUGCACAAAAUGAGCCCUAAAAAGGAGCAUGUUUCUUGCAUCUUCUUAUUUGUCAGUGUUGUCCAGAACCGAGGGAGGAUGUCUGGAUAUGCAUAUGCUUUGUAACAGUUCUCAUGUGAGCACAGGACAGCUAAAAGCAACAUAAGAACCGUCUUAGCAUUCAUCUAACAGACUGAAGCUCACGGUGUUGUCCAUAUGUCUUUAGUGUCUGUUAUUAUUUCACUGCCUUGUCAAUAGGCAGCAGUAGCACUACAAUGGAACUGACUAACCGUUCUGUUCUCAGACUAAAGCCCUUGUAGUUUCUUUUGAUGGUUUGAACCAAAAACAUUCCUUUUUGUAUUGUUUGUUGUUUCAGCCAUUUUAUGCUCCUGUGCCAUACCAUUUUCACCUGUAUGUAUGUAUACAUUGUUUGAAUGCUGUAUUUGUCAGCUUUCCUUGUUUGUCACAAAGGAAACCAAAACAACCUUUUUUCACCACCUUUAAAGCAAGACAAACAAGACUGGUAUGUUUUAUCUACUAUAGCAGGCGCUUCACAGACUCAAUUCUUUUCUUCUCUCCAGUAUCUUGCACUUAACACAUGUAGCAAUACCUACAGGAUGGGGAAAUUGUGUGAUUCACCAGUAUUUGUUUAAGUGGAAUAUGACAUUUUAUUUCUAGAUAUUGUUUGACUUUGUAUAAAAAAAUAUAUACUGUACAGAUUCAAAAGUAUAUUAUAACAAAAAACUUUUAGAAAAAUAUUUAUUUUUACUGUUUUGUAAUUUAGACACAAUACUGUAGCUCCUCGAUUGCCAGACUUACUGGAAGUGCCUCUCGAUAAUGUAUUACAAAGUAACUAUACAAUAUAUUGGGAUUAUUAGAACAUGUCACUAGCAGAGCAGUGUUGAUGUUGUAAUGUGAAUAUUGUUGAAUAAUAAGAUUUAUAAAUGCUG